CCUUAGAUGCAUAAGUGGGUCAAAAAUGACCCGGUGAGGUUGUUUUCUUGAAAUAUCUUUGUAAUGAAAAUUUUUUAACAUUUCAUAUUCCAGGUAUUCCUCAAAAAACAUGUUUUUGACAUAAUUCCAUUUACAUUUGUAACUUACCUUUUAAAAAUUUUAAGAAAUUUUAGUUUUUGUACUACUACCCCAAGCUUCCAUAAGUGGGUCACAAAUGACCCGCAUGCAUUUUCUUUGGAAUCCAAUGGGAACCUUCCAUUCUUAUCAGCUGUGGCUGUCUGGAAUAAAUAAAUUGUGGACCACACGGACUAUAUCAGAAGUUUGACCCUUCAGGAAGACUAUUUUACACAGCAAGAGCUGAUACAUGUAAGUAUUAUUGUCAUAUAGUAUUGUGUGUGUGUGUGUGUCUUUCAUGACUUAUUCACUGCUUUUAUUUAUGAACGGAUUAGCCCAGUUUAUAACUAGCUAAAACUAGCUAGCUAACUAAGUCAGCUAACAUUACUAUUUGUAUUGUGUUUGUGCGUGUGAGAGUGUUUGUAUUAUUCAUCAAUAAAUUAGCCUACUUUACAACUAGCUAACACUAGCUAGCUAACUAAGUUGGCUAACAUCACUAUUUGAAUUGUGUUUGUGCGUGUGAAAGAGUGUUAGUAUUAUUCAUCAAUAAAUUAGCCUACUUUACAACUAGCUAACACUAGCUAGCUAGCAUUACUAUAUGGUAUUUAGUGUGUAUGUGUGUGUAAGUGAGUGCUACAUAUUAAUCUAUUGAAAACAUUACUCUCAUGUUUCUUCAUAAAGGUGUCAUGGCUGCUAAAUACACAAUGGAAAUGGUCCUACAGAUACUGGAUGAUGGAGAGGCGAUAACGGGGUUGGACUCAGAGUCUGAAAUUUCUGAUGAUGAGGACCCAGACUAUUGUCCAGGUGGCAGUGGCAGUCGUCCACCUGGAAAUCCAACUGAACAGGAUCAAUCUGACUCAGAAGAUUGCUCUUCGGUGUCCUCUGAAGAAGAAAAUAUCAUGUCCAACAGAAUGAGUCGGAAGGGCUCUUACUGGAGCGAGUUACCUCCCACCCAGGGUAGAACACAGAGCCACAAUAUCAUCAGAAGUCGGUCAGGGCCUGCAGAAGGGCUUAGCACCACUGUCUCACCAAAAGAUGCAUGGGAGCUCUUUAUCACUGAUGAUAUAAUACAAGAGGUGAUGUAGUGCACAAACUUGGAAGGACGGAGAGUAGCAACAGCUAGAAGAAAAGAAUGGACAAAUGUCACUAAAGAUGAAUUCAUGGCCUUCAUUAGAUUGACCCUGCUUGCAGGAAGUGAGAAGAACUGGGAUGUUUCAGUCCGUGAGCUUUUUGGGAGUCCUCUACAUAAUCUUAUGUACAAGGCCACUAUGGCUGUUGGAAGAUUUGAAGACAUUCGCCGUACCUUGCGCUUCGAUGAUAAGAGGACCAUAGCCUUCCGACUGGAAACAGACCAUAUGGCAGCCUUGCGCUAUGUAUGGGACCUAUUCCUGGUCAACUGCAGACAGCGAUUCAUCCCCAGUGAUUGUGUCACUGUGGACGAACAGCUUGUGCCAUUCAGGGGUAGGUGCAAGUUCUUACAGUACAUGCCAAGCAAGCCCGCCAAGUACGGCCUAAAGAUCUUCUGGGUUUGUGAUGCACGCAUCCCCUAUGCAAUAGAUGGUAUAGUUUACACAGGGAGACAACCAGGUGAAGAAGUUCAGAAGAAUCUGGGGGAAAACAUUGUCAAGCAGUUGUGUGGUAGAUUUAGAAACACAGGUCGCAACAUCACAAAGGAUAACUUUUUCACUAGUGUGCCUCUUGCACAGCAUCUUCUAGAAAAGUUUCUCACUAUUGUGGGGACUCUACGUCUGAACAAGCCAGACAUCCCUCCUGAUGAAGCCUUCCAAGUCCAGGGAGGUUCACAGCACAGAGUUUGGAUUCAACAACAGCCUUACCAUGGUCAGCUAUGUCAGAAAGAAAGCAAAAGCUGUUGUGCUCCUGAGCACGAUGCACCACGACAAAGUAGUGGAUGAAAAUAGCAGAAAGAAAAAAACAGAAGUGAUCACAUUUUACAACAAGACGAAAGGAGGUGUAGACACCACUGACCAGAUGGUUGGAACCUACACCUGCAAGCGCCAAACACAGAGGUGGCCCAUGGUGUUGUGGUACAACAUAAUUGACAUCGCCACCCUGAAUUCCUACACCUUUUUCACGGCUCAGCACCCAGAUUUCAAGAGCGACAUCACCAAUGCACGACGGAUCUUCCUCAAAGAGCUGUCAAAGGAGCUUGUCACCCCACACAUGAGGAGUCGACUGGAAGGCUGCCCCCAACUGCAAACCCCGAUUAUUGAAGCAAUGGAAAGGUGUGGGGUGACAAAAGCCAAAAUCCAGCCACAGGAGAGAAGCAGACAGGGCCAACCAAAGAGAAAGAGGUGUCAGAUCUGCCCAAGUAACACAGAUCGCAAAGGUAACAACAGUUGUGGGAAAUGCAAUGAUCACAGCCAGAAACAGGUAGUUUGUCUGAACUGCAUACAAUGAUGAGACAAGGCAAAACAGGGAAAAGAAAGAGGAACUGUCAAUGACUGGACAUACAUACACACACGCACACACAAUGGAUGUUCACAUUUUUUCUAUUGCUGUUCUGGGUAAUGUUUUAAAUUGUGAAGAAGAAAAGUGAAGAAUAAAGAUAUUUUAAACAUGAAAUCAUUCUUGUGUGGUCCUAAAUAUAUUACAAAAUAUUAUACAAGUGAUUAUUCUUCACCAAAAUGACAACAAAUGGCAUGAAAACACGUUGAUUCUAUAAUGGGUCAUUUUUGACCCACUUGUGGAAGAGUGUAGGGUCCAGUCACUCGUGCAUCUAAG